AUGCAGUACAUCAUCAGCAUCAGCGGCGUAACCAAUGGAAGGAAAACCACCCUCACAAACAGACUGAUCACAAACCUGCCCGCCUGUUGUGUGGUUCAUCAGGAUGACUUCUUCGAGCCCCAUGAUCAGAUUAAAGUCGGUGAAGAUGGCUUUAAGCAGUACAAUGUCAUCACUGCUCUGGACGUGGACGCCAUGAUGAGUACGAUCUAUGCAUGGUUGGAGAACCCGUUGAAGUUUGAGAAAUCUCAUGGCAUUAAUAACACCCUGGACACUAAGAUCGUCCCAAAGUCUGACACAAAGUAA